AUGACAGAUAGAAUGCAUCAGGAUGUGCUUAGAAAAUGGAAAUGCAGGGAUAAUGAGACUCCUGAACAAUGUGAAAAGCGUCAAGCAUGUGACUGGGAAAAUAAAACUAAGAAGGCCGCUAAAACUAAAAAUCAACGUAAAGCAAGACUGGUUAGAGAAAGAGAACAAAAGCGCAAGAGAAGAGCAUUGAAUAAAGGACUUAGCUUAGAAUCUGUUGACAAGUUUAAGUAG